GCUCAACAGCCUCUGCCCCAAGAAUGAGCUUUACCAGAAACCCUUCCCUGAUUCUGACAUGAAUUCUGAUGCUUGCUGAACCCCAACUGCUGGCUUCCAGGAGCGGGUACUAAGGGAGCCCUAAGGAGUCGCUGCUCAGGAGCAGCCAGCCCUUGAGUCCACCAUGAACUGGAGUGUUUUUGAGGGACUCCUGAGCGGAGUCAACAAGUACUCCACAGCCUUUGGUCGCAUCUGGCUGUCUCUGGUCUUCGUCUUCCGUGUGCUGGUGUACCUGGUGACAGCUGAGCGCGUGUGGGGAGACGACCAGAAGGAUUUUGACUGCAACACCAGGCAACCGGGCUGUACCAAUGUCUGCUACGAUGAGUUCUUCCCCGUGUCUCACGUGCGCCUCUGGGCUCUGCAGCUCAUCCUGGUCACCUGCCCCUCUUUGCUUGUGGUCAUGCAUGUGGCCUAUCGAAAGGCUCGAGAGAAGAAGUACCAGGAAAAGAUUGGUGAAGGUUACCUUUACCCGAAUCCCGGCAAGAAGCGGGGUGGACUCUGGUGGACAUACGUCUUCAGCCUCUCGUUCAAGGCCACCAUAGACAUUAUCUUCCUCUACCUCUUCCACGCAUUCUAUCCCAGAUAUACCCUCCCUUCUAUGGUCAAGUGCCAUGCGGAGCCGUGUCCCAACACAGUGGACUGCUUCAUUGCCAAGCCCUCCGAGAAAAACAUCUUCAUUGUCUUCAUGGUGGUCACGGCCGUCAUCUGCAUCCUGCUUAACCUUGUGGAGCUGAUCUACCUAGUGAUUAAGCGGUGUUCUGAGUGUGCGCAGCUGAGGAGACCACCCACUGCACAUGCAAAGAAUGACCCAAACUGGGCCAACUCUCCUAGCAAAGAGAAGGACUUCCUCUCAUGCGACCUCAUCUUUCUGGGCUCGGACGCUCACCCGCCUCUGUUACCAGACCGCCCUCGAGCCCACGUGAAGAAAACCAUUCUGUGAAGGGUCCCUAGACUGGACUGGCAGGGUGGGCAUGACCUGGAAGGUUCCAGAAUCUCUCAUGAAUGUAGCUGAUGGGGAGAAGAGCUGAGUUGGCAUUGGAGGCAAGCAAAAGGGAGGACUCCCAGAGCUUUGGGAUCCAGUUGUGCCUCCCGGCUGACUGGCCUUCGCUGAGUCACCCCUCUCCUCUGUACCUCCAUUUCCUUUUCUGUUAAAUAAACACACCGAGGGCCACUUCGCAGGGCUCCUGGGAGGGGAGUUUCACGAAGGCACCGAUGAGCAAAUGCCUUCCUGUGUGGCCCAGGGUGAGAGCUAAAUAAAGAUAAAUGGGUUUACAGAUUCAAGGUGUCCUUUGGGUCUUGGCCUUUGUACCCUUCCUGAAGUCAAGGGGUUUCCCUCUCCUCUAGAAAAGGAGUAUCUAACUUUUCCUCAGGGCUGUUCCAAAGCUAACCUUUUGUCCCAGCUGGAAGUCUGGGCUGUGGGUGUCUGCAGAGAUGAUGGAGUUUGGCAGAACCGUAUGUUGGGAUGGAAAACACCCAGACUCUGAGUAAGCGUGGCUGCAUCAGAACUCGGACAACUUCAGCUGAGUUCCUAAUGCAUUGCCUGUGGGGGUCACUGUGAGCAAUGGCAAGUACCUGGCACGACCAGAGUUAGCCAGCCAAAAAGGCCACGUACGUGUGAAUCACUGCUGUUAGGGAGUGCUCAAUAAUAAAUGCUUGUGUGAAGUGAA